GCUCUCCGCACUCCCCUCCCCGCUUCGCCGUCAGUAGCGUUUGGAGCCAGGCGUCUGCAGAGCGGAGCGCUGUCCGUUCAGCACCACCUUCCUGCGCUAGGAAACCCCCAGUCCUGCACAGCUCGGCCUGAUCCUCCCCCAUAAAGCGUGCUUUGCAGUCUGGAAAGUGAGGUCCAAGAAUGGUGAAGCUGGGGAGUAAUUUGAGUGACAAGAACAGCAAACAACCAUCCAAUGAAGAUGGUUUUCAGACAGUUCCUUUGAUCACACCCUUGGAAGUAAAUCACCUGCAGUUUCCAGCUCCAGAAAAGGUGAUUGUGAAAACAAGAACAGAAUAUCAGCCUGACCAGAAGAACAAAGGAAAACUCAGGGUGCCAAAAAUUGCUGAAUUCACAGUCAGUUUCACUGAUGGCGUAACAGAAAGAUUAAAGGUCACUAUUCUCAUAAGUCUGGCUCUUGCGUUCCUUGCCUGCAUAGUCUUUCUUGUGGUAUACAAAGCCUUUACUUAUGAUCACAGUUGCCCAGAUGGAUUUGUUUAUAAGCAUAAGAGAUGUAUCCCAGCCUCCCUGGAUGCCUAUUACUCAGCACAGGAUUCCAACUCCCGGGGCAGAUUCUAUACUGUCAUAAGCCACUACAGCAUGGCUAAGCAAACCAGCUCACGGUCUGUAUCACCCUGGCUUUCUUCAGGAUCGGUAAACCAUGAAGCCAAGGCUGCCAAGACAGAAGGCCAUUAAAGCUACUCAGUGGUGACGGGAGGGGUUGGGAGUGGGGAAACAACACCGUGUCUAUGAAGUAUCGCUCUGUCUCAGAGAGGGUGCUGUGCUAACAGCACGACAAGAAGAAAUGAAACUCAAGUGCAGGAGUCAUCUUAAUUGAUAUUUCUUUUUGUGCAUUGUUCUCGUUGAUUUGUAACCGGGCCAAGCUCUUGUACAAAGGCAUGUUUGAUGUUGACUGUAACUUACAAUGUAAAAAUAUUUUUAAAAUCAUUGCUUAAAUAUUUGUUAGAAAAAUAAAUGAAAAAACAAAAAAAGCAAAUUCAGAAAACAACCAGAGAGGAUGGAAUCAAGCAAAGAGAAUCUCCCAGAGCUGUACCUUUGGUAGAAAGUUGUGACCCUAGAGCAGUAUGUAAUGGAAGAACAUUUAUUUUACAUGCAGGGGUAGGAGGAAGUCUUUUACAAAUCACGUCACUGGGCAGUUAAACUUGCCUAAGCAGGGUCCUUCUACUGGCAAACUGAGCUGCUCAAAAUAUGGUAUCAGCAUUAGUUUGUGGCUAGAGAAGUACACACGCAUGUGUGUGCAGCCUGAGUCCUGAAUUAAAAACAGAAAGAUCUAGGGAUUUGGAAUACACAAUCAUGAUGUUGGAGAUCUUCAGUGGGUUUGUCAGGAUUAAGUGUUUUGGACAUAGAGCAGGAGAAGGAAGCUGUUGUGUUUAAAUCUCUUCAGCACAGGACCAUGGGUCAGGCUCUAUUCCCAGUUCUGCCACAGAUUACCUGUGUGAUCUUGGGCAAGUCACAUGGGGCCUGAUCCUUUGAGAUGCUGAGCACUUCUUUGGAGGGCAAAGAAACAAAUAACUUCAUUGUAAAUCUAGGAUGCUUAGCACCUCACAGCACACAGCAGAAGGUUAGCAUCUUAAAGGAUCAAGCCCCCUCUGUGCCUCAUUUUCCCCUUGUUCUUAUUUCAUGGACACUACUUAUGUGGGGAUUGUGAGAGUUUGUCUGUUGGUAUGUAAAAUAUUUGGAGAGUUAAUGAUAGAAAGUGCUAUCAAAGUUCAAAGUGUUAGUUGACUUAUAAACCCGUGAACGUAAAAGCAAACCCCAAGCCGAGUCCAGCCCUGUACAGUGUUCAAAUACAGCCCAGUAUCUAGCAUGUAAAUGGAUCUGAGCAAGCAUGUCUGUUUUGUAAGACUUGAGCAAAAGGAAUUCUCUUUUUCAGAGCUGCCACCCAAAACAACAAUGUGACAGUUAAAAUACUUGGGAUCACAUUCAGCUUGAGUUCAAAAGAGUAAGCACCAGGAGUAGGACAAGACAAAUGUUUGGGUUUGGAGUUUAAGCUUUGUAUUUCACCAAGCCUACUGAUCAGAUUUGUAGGUAUUGUGGGCUAGAAACUGGGAGCCAAACCCGCUGGGCAGAGUUUUGUCCUUCAUUAUGCACACACAGCUCCUAGGGGUUUGAACGGGACUAACCUGGUGUAAAUGGGGGCAGUACUGAGCUGACAGGAGUCAUGAUAAGCAAUUGUAUAGUAUAGCUAAAACUGUAGUGCCAAAGCCCAUAGUCUGACCCCCUGCCCAUCCAUAUUUCACCUGUAAAUUCAUUUCUCACUUGAAAUGUACAAACCCCACCACAGAAAAAUCAAAACUCCAACAAACAAUUGAACAAUUUAUAAUUUUGUGGUGUGUGUUUUGUCAGUAGGUAGCAGAGACUCAAGUAUUUUUUGGUGUAAUUCUUGAACUUUUCUGACAGGAAAAAUAAAGUUAGAUGUAUCUGAGAGUCU